AUGGCGGACGGCGACUUCACCGUCUCGAAGCCGUCGAAUGGGCUGGCGAAGAUCCGCACAGAAGGCAGCGGCCAUGGCAUUUGCCACGACGACAGCGCACUGCCGGUGAAGGCGCAGACCAUCGACGAGCUCCACUCCUUGCAGAAGAAGCGUUGGUCCUCGCCCACCACCCCCAUGGACCAGCAGACGCAGCAGCAGGCCUUCAUUGCCGCCUCCGAGGAAGAACGCCACAAGCAGCGACUCCAGUCCAUCAGUGCGUCGUUGGCGUCCCUGACUCGCGAGACAGGGCCGAAGCUUGUGAGAGGCGACCCAGCCAGGAACGCAGAGGGGGCCAACAGAGUGCACCAUGUCACGCCGACCGUUAGCGUCACUGACAGUGCUCUCAAGUUCACCCAUAUCCUCUACAAUCUCUCCCCGGCAGAGCUAUAUGAACAGGCCAUCAAGUAUGAGAAAGGCUCGUUCAUUACCUCGGCCGGGGCUUUGGCCACCUUGUCCGGUGCCAAAACCGGCCGCUCUCCGAGGGACAAGAGGGUUGUCAUAGACGAGACCACUUCUGAGGAGCUGUGGUGGGGCAAGGGCUCCCCUAACAUCGAGAUGGAUGAGCAUACCUUCAUGGUGAACAGGGAGAGGGCCGUUGAUUACCUCAACUCUCUCGAAAAGGUUUUUGUGAACGAUCAGUUCCUCAACUGGGAUCCUGAGCAUCAGAUCAAAGUUCGAAUCGUCUCGGCGAGAGCCUAUCAUUCCCUGUUCAUGCACAACAUGUGCAUUCGUCCGACUCCAGAAGAAAUAGAGAAUUUUGGUGUUCCUGACUUUACAAUUUACAACGCUGGACAGUUCCCCUGCAACCGUUACACUCACUACAUGACUUCCUCCACCAGCAUUGAUCUCAACCUCGCAAGGAGGGAGAUGGUUAUCCUCGGAACGCAGUACGCCGGGGAGAUGAAGAAAGGUUUAUUCAGUGUGAUGCACUAUCUCAUGCCUAAGAAACAAAUUCUUUCCCUGCACUCUGGAUGCAACAUGGGCAAAGAUGGUGAUGUUGCUCUCUUCUUCGGAUUAUCAGGCACAGGGAAAACUACCCUGUCUACUGAUCAGAACAGGUUGCUUAUUGGUGACGACGAGCACUGUUGGAGCGAAAAUGGUAUUGCAAACAUAGAAGGUGGUUGUUAUGCAAAAUGCAUUGAAUUAUCCAAGGAGAAGGAGCCUGAUAUCUGGAAUGCCAUCAAGUUUGGAACUGUGCUCGAAAAUGUAGUCUUCGAUGAGCACACUCGGGAGGUAGACUAUGAAGAUAAAUCGGUUACGGAGAAUACUAGAGCUUCUUAUCCUAUUGAAUAUAUACCGAACGCAAAGAUACCAUGUAUCGGUCCACACCCAAGGAAUGUGAUCCUCUUGGCAUGUGAUGCUUUUGGUGUGCUCCCACCUGUUAGCAGGCUCACAUUGGCUCAAACCAUGUACCAUUUCAUCAGUGGCUACACUGCUCUGGUAGCAGGAACAGAAGAUGGCAUCAAGGAACCUCAAGCUACAUUUUCGGCAUGCUUUGGAGCCGCAUUCAUUAUGCUUCAUCCGACAAAGUAUGCUGCAAUGCUGGCUGAAAAAAUGGAGAAACAUAAUGCCGCAGGAUGGCUUGUGAACACAGGCUGGUCUGGUGGAAGGUAUGGUGUUGGAAAUCGACUCAAGUUGGGAUAUACGAGAAAGAUAAUCGAUGCCAUACACUCGGGUAGCCUUCUGAAUGCCGAGUACAAGAAGACUGAAGUUUUUGGGUUACAGAUACCCACUCAAGUUGAAGGGGUGCCUUCAGAGAUUUUGGAUCCAGUUAACACUGUAAGUAUAAGUUGUGAUGCUACCCAAUGCUUUACACCAAUUCAUCGAAGUUGCAUCUUGUUCGACGAGGGAUCGUAUAUGUCUGAUACAUUGAUGUGUGUGGUUUCACAGUGGGCAGAUAAGGAGGCUUACAAGGAGACUUUGCUGAAGCUGGCAGGGCUUUUCAGGCAGAAUUUUGAGGUGUUUGCCGACUACAAGAUUGGUCAGGAGGGGAAAUUGGCUGAUGAGAUUUUUGCCGCAGGGCCAAAUUUCUGAUAUACACUCAAAGUUGGAAGAGUGAAAUGAGGAAUAAUUAAUAAACAUGGUUUAAUAGUGAGGAAAUGGAAAGAGUAGCUAUGUUAUUUUUUCGUUUGCUAGUGAUUAGCUACUGUUUUAUCAGUUUAGUGGAUUGAGUAAUUUCUAAA